UCCAAGAACUCCUCCACCUCCCACCCUCCUCUCAUCGGAGGCCCAGGCCGCCACUUUGUUCCUUAAACAAAGAGGGAAACAGAGGAAUCGAGAGUAAAGAGAGAAAAAGGGGAGGAGGCGUAGAAGAAAAACGUGAUGGUGGACUGGGGCCCAGCGUUCGUGGUGGUUGUCCUCUUCGUCCUCCUCUCGUCGGGCCUCAUCUUCCAGAUCCCCGGCAAGAGCCGGGUGGUCGAAUUCGGCAACCUCCAGACCAGCAGCACCGCCAUCUUGGUCCACUCCAUCGUAUACUUUGGUCUCAUCGCCAUAUUCGUCCUCGCCGCUGGCGUUCCCAUGUACGUUGGCUCUUAGAACAUCAAAUUUCUUUUGGAAAAUGAUCCCAUUUUGGGAGUGAAGGGUUUCUUCGUUCAGUGCAAAGUUAGAUCCUUUUUGUGUUUUUGAUGGGGCUGAUGGCCUCUGUUUCUAUAAGCAAUCAGUUAUUGUUUGUAGAAAUCUAGUUAUAAUGAGGUGGUAACUAUGAAUAGCUCUCUCAGUUCGCUGUAACAUUGA